CCGUUCACGGAUCUCGCGCACCGAAGAGUUGACUUGGCCCCUCGGGAGAUGGCAGUGGGAGUGUCGAAGCUUGAGGGACCGAUGCAGAUCCUGUAUGCCCCCGGAUAUUUAUGUUCUCGAGGCGUCGAGGCCGUAUCAAUAUUUGAGCUUGCAAUUACGGUCGUCGUUCGUCCAAGAUCUAUUUGCUACAUGUGACUUACCUUGUACGCUUCUAGGAAACCAGACGAGGUCGUGCCGCAACACAAGCGCAGAGCGGUGGCACUCUGGACGAUCCUCAUCGGGGGCAUCAUUUUCUGUGAAUUCUUCGUAUCUAUUGUACAAGGCCGUUCGCAAGCGCAAUAACCCCGAUGCGUCCAUCGAGCUAUCGAACACCGUAUUCGAGUACCCGGAUGUUUGGGUGUGCCUCUACGUCGACUACGGCUGCGACGAGUGGGAAUUGGAGGAGGAGUGCAUGACAAGUGCCACCGCUAACAGGACAGGAUGGGGCCAUUCAAGUGCCGUGUACUACCCAGGCGGGGUCUACGAGCAGGAGAUUCACGUGGAGGAAAAGCUGACCCCGAACAACGGCUGGUGCGUGGAGUUCCAGACGUCGAAAAUUACCCGCUUUCUCGGUCGCGAGCGGGACGCGAAGUACUAUCUAGACUACCUCCUCCUGGAUAUGUACUGGUACCCGGGUGGCCUUGAAGUCGAUUCUACCACGUGCGUCGUUGAGGGGUGGAAGACUCACAAGCAAUGGAUGUACGUGUUUUUGAACGAUCCAGUACUAGGCCAAGUUUCAACGGGGAUCCAAGUCCCCUACAGCUGCAUCACCAACGUCUCGAGCAGCCACUCCCACACUUACGUGGGAAUCGGAGUGACCACCGAGGACAAGCUAGGCCAAGAACCCAUCGUGAACAACAAGGCGCUAUCGGUAUCGACAGCGACGGUGAAGGAUGAGGUGAACCCGGCCAUUGUCAAGCCUUAUGCCCAGCUGUCGCUGCAGGUCCAGCAGGAGCCCAACUCGCUUGAGGUUAUCACCGAGGUCGACCCCCUCGACCUCGCCGAAAUGUUCGGCAACGUCGGCGGCUUCUGGGACCUUCUCAUGAUCAUGUGGCCCAUCUUUUUUGUGGCGGCAUCUAGGCAAGACCCACACCUCAAGCCUCGAAACUUCAAAAAGUCGGUGAACAAGGGGCUAGGUGGCCUCCGAGUCGGCGACAGCACGCAUCGUGGGGCCAGAGACGAUUUCAACGGCAGUCCCCCUGUGGAAGAGAGACCAUACUGGGAACAAGAGGGAAAGAAGGAGGUGGUGGAGGUGCCUUAUCCUGCUGAGAAAAAGAAAAUCCCCUUCUCGCCGGUGUGAGCAGCACCCGCGGGGGCCGCCAUGACUCCGGACGGCAACACCAACGGGAACGAAGCGACAUGCAGUGCGUCUUUGCCCCGAGCGAAGUUAUCAGCGAAUGUAGCCGGCUAUCUCGUGCGGCGGGAUUAAUAAUAUCCAUGCCGUUGCGCACAGAAGUUGCCAUUCCUUUCCCGCGCGAGUUUCAGUUUCAUUUUUAUUUCUGUGUAUGUGCACGAGAUAUUGUAAUACUGGUGGUACUUUUGUGUCCAGGUUGGCCCUACGGCCCACCUGAGCACGCGUCGUACAUGGUUCCAGGCAUGGUUUACGAUAGACUCGCUUGCAUGGGUUGUACACAACAGCCCCGUUUGUGCCGUUCCGGUACCCACCAUGACUUUUGAUUGUUCGGGAUUCGUGAACCAUCGCGCAGCGACGCAGUCUUGGCAUGGCUUCCGCUAGAUUUGUACAAAAUACAUCGUCGUCCUGUUAGUACGGGGAGUUUCCGUUUCUUGGGGCAUGGUAGAUCGCAAGGUUGCUUUUGGUAGGGUAUGGUAAACUCGGGUAGAGUAUCGUGGGUAGUACCAAAACUACCCACGGGUAGGGUAUAGGAGCUCGGGUACUCUACCCUCGGAGGGUAGGGUAUCGAGAGUAGAACCAAAACCUAUCCCAGCGUUGGGUAGGGGAUCGAUGGUGGUACAAACCAUACCCGCAGGGUGGAGUGUACCCGACAAUGAACCCUACCCGCCCGGGGAGGGUACCGGUAAAAAUACGUACUUUUACGAGGUGCGGGUAGGGUAUUGAAAGUCAUACAAAACCUACCCGAGGGGUCGGGUAGGGUAGG